ACUACCCGCAAAGCCAGCCUGGUUCAGCGCCCCACUUCUCCACGUCAAGUUCACUUCAAUUCAACCCCGCCGCCCGCGUCUCCCAUCCUUCUCGCCGGCGCCGGCCACCGUCUGCCUCCCCCCUCCGGCCAGCCAUGUCGAAGUACGGCACCAUCCCCACCUCCUCAUCCUCCCCCGACGGCCCGCCUCCAGGCUCCUCGCUCGACUUCAUCUCCCGCGCCAAGGCCCGGGGCGCGUCGGCGCUGGCGACGCGCCGGCCCUGGCGCGAGCUCGGGGACCCCGGGGCCCUCGCCGUGCCCCGGGGGCUCGGGGACGCCUACCUCCGCGCGCGCGCCAACCUCGCGCACUUCUCCAUGAACUACGCCAUCGUCGUCCUCGUCGUCGUCUUCCUCUCCCUCAUCUGGCACCCCUUCUCCCUCAUCGUCUUCCUCGCCUGCAUGGUCGCCUGGAUCUUCCUCUACUUCCUCCGCGACGUGCCGCUCGCCCUCUUCGGCCGCACCAUCGGCGACGGCGUCGUGCUCGCCGUCCUCUCCGCGCUCACGCUCAUCCUGCUCCUGCUCACCGGCGCCACCGGCAACAUCCUCACCUCGCUGCUCAUCGGCCUCGUCCUCGUCCUGCUGCACGCCCUGCUUCACCGCCCCGCGGAAAACAUCGACGAGGAGGCCGGACGGUGGUACACGCCCGCACCGCCACCGCCGCCCUACUAGCAGUCUCGAAAUUGUGAUCAAAAUUUGGAGUCAGUUUGAGCUCAAUUAUAUGAGACUUAUCUAAUGGUUGCUUAGCUCAGACUGCGUUCAGAACAAGGAAGUGCAUGGUCAAAACCAAACAGCUGUGCCUUGUGCUCCAGGGUAUGGCCGGCCACAAAUCGAUGUUCCCGAGUGAGACGUGGACGCUGAUGUGACCAUAGCAACUGCUUUCGACAAGUUACUAGUAUUUGGCCAAUAGCACAAAUGCAUCUAUGCUUUAUCCGCAUAAACCAUCCUGAUGCGGCUGUUUUUUUUUUUAAUGUGGGCGUAGUCUAUUGAGUAAUUUAAGUUGAUUGAGAAAUGGCCACUUGACCCAACUAAUAAUUGGCUCAUGCAA